GCUUUAACUUCCGGUAAGGUGUUUUUAGGUGUAAAUAAUAAUGGCUGACAGUGUGAAGCUCGCUGAAGAAGAAUGUGUCAGACGGAUACACAGCCGCGAUGUAUCAGGUCAUAUUCACAAAGGACAUGGGGUGGUUGCUGCAAAUUCCUCAAUACCAACAAAAUACCAGACGAUUGUCACAGAUAACACAGACAAAAAAGGCUUUUUGACAAAGGCGAAGAGGUUCCAGGCAGAUGUAGAUUUGACAGAAGCCCCUGGGCCUGGCAAUUACUUAAAGCACACAAAAGUUGAUAAUUCAAGUCCAUCACUUUCAAAGAAAGGCACAGGUGGAUUUGCAUCUAAGUCGAAGCGUGGUGUCAAGUUCUCAAUGUCAGCGGCUCCCGGGCCAGGCACGUAUUUUCCCCAACUAGCGAACUGCAAGUGUCACUUUGAUCGGGAAACAACAACCAGACCAUUUCGUCUGCCUAUUGCUAAAACGGUUGAUAAAACAAAUGGAAUACCAGCCCCUAAUGAAUACAAGAUACUGAUGUGUAAGUUUGGCAAGAAAAACAAUGUGAGUGCUGAGGCAGCCUUCAAGUCACAGAGUAAACGAGAAAUGAUCAACCUCAAAGAUGCCCAUAGGAUGCCAGCUCCAGGACAGUACACUAUUAAAGACAGCCUCCUCCAUGAGAGUCCAGUGAUCACCGAGUCAAGUUUCAAGUCAAGAACAAUCCGCAAAACUCACCCUGACCCACCAGACUUUCCUGGUCCUGGGACAUAUCUUCCUUCCGGUAACGAAGAACCUCCGAAAAAACUGCUUUUUCCCCGAAAACAUUACUUGUGUAUCUCAGCUCCUGCCAUGCCUCUCCCCCCUGCUCCCCCCACCCCAGGUCCUGGAAGUUACGAGAUGGUUGAUUACGACGGUCCUACUAAACACUUCAUGUCAAGUUCAGCGUUUGUCUCAGCUACCAGCAGGUGGUCGGGGGAUGUAUUAGGAAUGGGCACUGCUUUACCAGGACCUGCACACUACCGACCCGUGGAAAUGGGGAAGCAGUCUUUCAUUUACAACGUUGCCGGUCGCUGGAUAUGAUCAUCCUGUGAUAGAACACCUCAGACUUGUUUUCUAAAUCAGCUGUCCAUUAAUUGUAUAUAUCUGUUGUCCAACAGUUCUGUAUCUCUGUCAGUUCCUCACUAUAUAUUUAAGUCAAUGUCAUACUUUGAGGGUUUUUUAAGUUAUUCUGUAUGGACAUAGUUUUGGGUUUAUAAUAAUAAGAAGAAGAAUUAUCAUAAUAAAAUAAUAAUAAUUAUAUCCUCCCAAAAAAUGAUGACCACCAUCUUAAGUGGCCAGAGUGAAAUGGGCAUUUUUCAUUUGAUGAAGAGUUUUGAUGACAUAAUGUACAGCAUCCUUCAAAUGAACUAUUUAUCUUACAGAUCGUUUUUUUCAUGCUGGGCUGUCAUUAAAUGUUCAUUAAUCACUUGGAUAAUAAUAAAUAGUUUAAUAAGGCUUGGUAGAAUCUCACAAUGAGCAACUAGUAACAUGAAUGUCUUCAGCAAAAAGAUGGGGGAAAAACACUGACAAUUUGUAAAACCUAUUUACUAAAAGGAAAAAAACCGAUUGUAGUUUCAAAGAAGUUCCAAAAUUAUAUCCAUCUCUAUUUUGCUUGAGACAUCAAGCCUGUUGCUUAUAAAACAUUUUGACUCAAGACUCUAUUAGAGUCUGAGACAGUAAUGUCAUGACGGCGCCAUACAAAUUGUAUAUGUGUGGUGUCAUUAGAGAUUGAGUCUGGACUCCAGACUCU